GCGAAGGCGGCGCCGCCCCGCAGCAGGACGGCAGGGCCGACGGCCUGAGGCUGGAAAAGAUGGCGGGUACUAUAGGGUACAUCCGGAUUCACCACGCAGCCGAGGACGCGGACGACGACGAAUGCGAUCAGAAAAAGAAGGCGAAGAACAAGACG